AAACUCUUCCGGCCAGCUUUCACGAGAGAUAACAGGACGGUGUUAUGGGAAAUAGUGGCGAUUUAUGCGCAUAUAAUCUCCUUGUUAAGUUGUAGAUGUGGAGCAGGUUACUGAGUCCUCGUGUGAGUGGUAGAGCAAGUUUGUGUUGGAGAAGCCUGUUUACCAUGCAGCUAAAGACCAGCGAGUUCCAGUCCCUGUUCACUGAUGGACUGAAUGGAUUGGCAGAGGUGUUUGAGAAACACCAGCAUGAGCUGAGGAUAGCUGGAGGUGCUGUGCGGGAUCUGCUGUCUGGGAAGCGGCCUGAAGAUGUGGAUUUUGCUACGACAGCCACUCCAGAGGAGAUGAAGCACAUGUUUCAAACGGCUGGGAUCAGGAUGAUCAACAAUAAAGGAGAGAAGCACGGGACUAUCACUGCACGACUGCACAAUGAGAGCUUUGAGGUGACCACACUGCGAGUGGAUGUUCAGACUGAUGGGCGUCAUGCAGAGGUGGAAUUCACAACUGACUGGCAGAAAGAUGCUGAGCGGAGAGACCUCACCAUUAACUCCAUGUUUCUGGGUCUGGACGGCACAUUGUAUGAUUAUUAUCGUGGAUAUGAGGACCUGCAGAACCGUAAAGUGCGGUUUGUUGGCAGCGCUGAACAAAGGAUCAAAGAGGACUACCUGAGAAUACUACGAUAUUUUAGGUUUUACGGCCGAGUUUCUUCGGAGCCCGGUGACCACGAGCCUGAGACAGUGACUGCCAUCAGGGAAAAUGGUCACGGACUGGGCGCUAUAUCGGGAGAGCGAAUCUGGGUGGAGCUAAAAAAGUUGGCGGUCGGGAACCAUGCUGCUCACCUGCUGGAGCUGAUCUAUAGCCUGGAACUGGCUCAGUACAUUGGGUUACCUCCAGAUGGCGAUAUUGACGAGAUGAAGCGAGUGUGGCAGAACGCCAAAGACCACUCUCCCAAACCCAUGACCAUCCUGGCUGCUCUGUUCCGCUCCCCAGAGCAGGUGGAAAAGAUGGACAUCCGAUUGAAGGUGUCCAGAGAGGAGAAGAACCUGGCACUGUUUCUGGUCAAAUACAGACGGGAGCUCUGCAAGAGAGACGAUGAGCCAGACAGCCUCAAACCUUUCACUGACUUUAUUAUUGACAGUCGGGAGCUGGAUUCCCAGAGUAAAGUGUGCGAGCUAAGCUCAACAGUUGUUCAGCCCGUGUCCCUCCCGCCGUCGUUUUUACAUUUUGAUGAAAUCGCCAAGAGUUUUCUGUAUCGUUCACAUGGCGCCUCUGCCGCUGGAUUCACCUGGAGUGGUUAUUUAAUCCCAUCUGUGCUGCGCUUGGGUUGA